ACCCAAAACCAAACCCAAACUAAUGAUUAUAUCGUUAGUCUAAUGUUUAAGCAUUAUCCUUUUUGGGUUUCCUGCGUGUCAACACAGCAAUCCACGAGUCAAUGGAGGCUCGAUGCUAUUGCCGGUUAUAUAGUCUACGUCUCUUUCUCCUUCAUCUCAUUUUUUCUCUUCAGAUUGGUCGGAAAUUUGAAUACUCAACGCAGCAAAAGAAGAUUUCGUAAAAUUAACCAUGUUUCUGCUUAAAGGCCAGCACACGACAUCAAGCAGCUUAAUUGCAAAAAGCUUGAAAUCCCCGACAGGAUCAAUAGAGAUGGAUCCUGGAAUCUGGAGCAAGCUACCACCGGAACUUCUCGAGCACAUACUCUCCUUUUUGCCUCUUAAAACGUUCUUGAAUUUGAGGUCAACUUGUAAGCAUUUCAAGUCUCUUGUAUUCUCUCCUUCUUUUAUGUCUAAAUACUCCUCUGGCUCUCCUUUCUCUUCUUUUUUGUUGCUUUCUCAUCCCCAGUGCUACAGUCAUUUUCCUCUCUAUGACACCAUCCUUGGGGCUUGGCGCAACUUAGCACUUCCCUUCUCUUUCCUGCCUUCUGAUACCGCUCAGUUUAAUCUUAUUUCAUCAUCGAAUGGACUUUUCUGCUUCUCUCUCCCAAAUUCAUGUUCUUUCCUUGUAUGCAAUCUCUUAGCCAAAUCCUCCAGGGUUAUUCAAUUCCCUUUCUUCCCUUUUGCUUUUGAGCUGCUCACUUUGGUUUCUACGCCGGAUGGAUAUAAAAUACUCAUGUUUUGCUCUAAAUUUUCUUCCAAUUAUGCUUUUGUGUAUGACUCAAAGGUUCAUUCUUGGAGAAGAUAUGAUAGUUUUCAACCGCUCCUCAUUGACAAUUGCCAUCAGGAAGGCGCAUACUUCAAGGGGUCUUUGUAUUUCACUACCCCAGAACCGUUUUCUAUAGCGUGCUUUGAUCUGGAAAAUGGAAAAUGGGAGAUACUCAACACUGAAAUGCCAGGUGAGCUUACGUUUGUGAGGCUGGUGAGUGAUACUGAUGAAGGCAAGUUGUAUUUGGUUGGGGGAAUUGGAAGGAAUGGAAUUUCAAGGAGCAUGAGAUUGUGGGAAUUGGGUAACGGAGGGAACUGGGAGGAAAUGGAAAGAUUGCCAGAAUUGAUGUGCAGGAAAUUUAUGUCUAUCUGUUACCACAACUAUGAGCAUGUUUAUUGCCUUUGGCAUCAGGGAAUGAUCUGUGUUUGCUGCCACACAUGGCCAGAGAUUUUGUAUUACAAGAUUUCAAGGAGGACUUGGCAUUGGUUACCCAAAUGUCCUUCAGUUCCGGACAGGCGGAGCUGUGGCUUCAGGUGGUUCUCUUUUGUUCCAGGGUUAUACGCUUUGGCUUGAAUAACUUGUUAUCAUGCCUCAGUUACUGUUUUUUCUUGUUUACAUUGGAAUCAGAAAAGGAAAAGAGUGUAUUUUAACUCCCCCCCCCCCCCCCUCUUCAUCAAUCUGUUUCAAUUGAUAUUUCUCGUUCUGUUUGUCAAAUCGAAGUCAGUGUCGUUAGUUUAUGUACUAUUAGACCAACAAGAGAUUUGUGUUUGAGGCUUUGAGAAGUUAAAUUUA